CAGUCGGCAGCGGAAGGAGUGGCUGCUGCUACUGCGUUACGCAGAUUCCUACUCCUCAUAAGAGCGACUUGGCAUAAUUGCGGAACAAAUCCGCUCUUUUCCUCGCGCCGCCACACCACCCUUUCCCAAUAAUCGCGGCGAUUUCUCUCCUAAAGGCAAACUUCAUAUUCGACCAUGAUAAAAGCCAGCUCGCAAACGCUCUAUCUUAUCCCAUCAUUCACUCGGCGAAACUCAAGCCUCAACCCUCCCGCUUCUUGUUAGAACCGCCAGGCAGUCUCAGCAUCUAGAAGGGCUUCUAUAUCUCAGCGAUAUUUCCAACUUGAAGUUGGAAUUUCUGGUUACUAAGCCAUCAGCAUGGCCCGCGCCUUCCCAGUGUUCACGACUCUCGCGACGGUGCUCGUCGCAUUCGUCGUCGUGCUCUCGUAUCCCUCGCCUGCAGAAGGCCGACUGACAAUUCUGUCCGGAGGAUCGCAACGCCCGACUGCCGGCGGAGUGAGGCGGGUGCUCGAUGAUCAUGAUGCGCAGCACCGCCGCGACGACGAGCAGCACCGCCUUGACGACGAGCAGCACCGCCUUGACGACGAGAGGCACAAACGCGACGAUGAGAAGCGCCAGCGCGACGAGGAAAACCGCCGCCAGGAAGAGGAGAAGCGUCGUCGCGAGGAUGAGGAGAAGCGCCGUCGUGACGAUGAUCAGCGACGCAGUGACGAGGAGAAGCGUCGCCGUGACGACGAGAAGCGCCGUCAGGACGAGGAGAAGGCCCGUCAGGACGAGGAGAAGGCCCGUCAGGACGAGGAGAAGGCCCGUCAGGACGAGGAGAAGCGUCGUCAGGAAGAGGAGCAUGGUGGUGGAUGGUGAAGCCUCAGAAGUCCGAGUGCGAGGCACAGGCUAACAAGGGGUACAAGAAAUGCAGCAGCGGCAAGUGAUCUUGCAAGGAGGGUGGAGUGCGAGCACAAGGGGAGUGCAAGGAAUAGGGCGGGCAGGGAAAUUGCUGCAACCAGGAGCAGAAGUGCUGCAAUAAGUGCACUCGUGGGUGCCUAGAUGUUGGACCAGGGCCGUGGUAGAUAGGUGAAAACUCAGCUUGGGGGAGGGGGAAAGGGUGGCUUUAUGCAUCAACUAAUAACGGAGAGCCGUGGCAGGGGGUGUUCCUAUCAAUGGGAGGGAUGGUGACUCUAGACCUCUCUAGAGGAGUGACCCCCAACACAUA